AUGAAGGAACCGGAUGCCAUCAAGCUGUUUGUGGGGCAGAUCCCGAGGCACCUGGAGGAAAAGGACCUGAAACCCAUCUUUGAACAGUUCGGUCGGAUCUUCGAGCUGACUGUCAUCAAGGACAAGUACACCGGGCUGCACAAGGGAUGUGCCUUCCUGACAUACUGUGCCCGCGAUUCAGCCCUGAAGGCCCAGAGCGCCCUGCACGAACAGAAGACGCUUCCAGGGAUGAACAGGCCAAUCCAGGUCAAGCCAGCCGACAGCGAGAGCCGAGGAGAAGACCGGAAGCUCUUUGUGGGGAUGCUAGGGAAGCAGCAGACAGAUGAGGACGUCCGGAAGAUGUUCGAGCCCUUCGGCACCAUAGACGAGUGCACUGUGCUCCGGGGCCCAGACGGCACCAGCAAAGGCUGCGCCUUCGUGAAGUUCCAGACCCACGCGGAGGCCCAGGCGGCCAUCAACACCCUUCACAGCAGCCGGACCCUGCCGGGUGCCUCAUCCAGCCUGGUGGUGAAGUUUGCCGACACGGAGAAGGAGCGCGGUCUCCGCCGAAUGCAGCAGGUGGCCACCCAGCUGGGCAUGUUCAGCCCCAUCGCUCUCCAGUUCGGCGCCUACAGCGCCUACACCCAGGCCCUAAUGCAGCAGCAGGCGGCCCUGGUGGCGGCUCACAGUGCCUACCUCAGCCCCGUGGCCACCAUGGCCGCCGUGCAGAUGCAGCACAUGGCCGCCGUCAAUGCCAACGGCCUCAUCGCCACCCCCAUCACCCCCUCCUCAGGAACCAGCACGCCUCCUGCCAUCGCUGCCACACCCGUCUCUGCCAUCCCUGCUGCCCUGGGCGUCAACGGCUACAGCCCAGUGCCCACCCAGCCCACUGGGCAGCCUGCCCCUGACGCUCUAUAUCCCAACGGGGUUCACCCCUACCCAGCCCAGAGCCCCGCGGCCCCCGUGGACCCCCUGCAGCAGGCCUACGCGGGGAUGCAGCACUAUACAGCAGCUUACCCAGCAGCCUACAGCCUGGUGGCACCUGCGUUCCCACAGCCUCCUGCUCUGGUGGCCCAGCAGCCCCCGCCACCCCCACAGCAGCAGCAGCAGCAGCAACAGCAACAGCAGCAACGGGAAGGCCCUGACGGCUGCAACAUCUUCAUCUACCACCUGCCCCAGGAGUUCACGGACUCGGAGAUCCUCCAGAUGUUUGUCCCCUUUGGCCACGUCAUCUCAGCCAAAGUCUUUGUUGACAGAGCCACCAAUCAGAGCAAGUGCUUUGGCUUUGUGAGUUUCGACAAUCCAGCCAGCGCCCAGGCUGCCAUCCAGGCCAUGAACGGUUUCCAGAUUGGCAUGAAGCGCCUCAAAGUCCAGUUAAAGCGGCCUAAGGAUGCCAAUCGGCCCUACUGA